CUUUAAAACCCGCAUUAAAUCAAUAAUUAAUUAAUAGAUUAAAUAAUAACAAAUAAUAAAAACAAAUGAAAAUAAAUAACCUUGUUUUUCUCUUAGUUAUCUUUCAGAUUUUGAUAGCAACAACUACCAGUAUGGGAUUCUACCAAAACUAGCUGAAAGGAUAGUUCACUUAGAUUCCUUGUUUACAUAUAGAGGAAAUAAUUAAAAACGAAAAAACAUAAUACCAUGCAUUCAAUUAUUGUUUGAGCAGCAGAAGAUUUAAGUUUUCUAUGAAAGACAUCUCCGGAAAUGAAUAUUAAUACUCAUCUCAAUGUAUCUCUUCUGGAUAAAGAAAUCACCUAGAUAAGUAUAAUCAAGAAGACUUUUUUUAUGGCAUAUCUGAGGAUUGCUGAUUGCAACUAAUUAAUUACUCUUAAUAUCCUAAACUUGAAUUUAUAUCACUUACAUUAACUUUCUAAAAUAACUUAUUUGUAUAAAGUAUUAAAUUUUUAUAUUAUAUAUACACUGUAAUCUGAUAAUUUCAUUCUACUACUAUCAAAAAUCCAUCUUUAAUCAAUUUUUACAGGUAAUUCUUAAAAGUAAAAAGAAACCUAAUCUAAUC